UGAACUGAACUCGAGUCACACUGGAUCUGAAUUAACAAUCAGUGAAAUUACAAACCAUAAACUACAAAUCUGAUCAUAGAAGUGGAUGUACUGCAAGAAUACUACAUUUUGGAUCAUAUUUCUGCGUGUAAAACUGCCUUCACGCACAGGUUGAUGUAGUUUGUGAGCGUGGAUCCCUGACAGAAGAACCGGAGUCAGAUGAAAUAUAAUAUGCACGGUUUUUAUUUGAUAAAUGUUUUCAGAAAGCACCUUUAGCUCUGUGAUCAUCAGUACUGAUGGCUGGAUAUACAGAGCUGAGCUCAGGCUCCGUGAGCUGAGGAGCGAGUAAGAUGAAGGUCUGGGGUGCGAUGCUGGCGUGUGCACUGACUCUGAGCUGCGUGUCCUCCGUCCCGAACCCAACCGCACAGUGUUCUCAAAGACCACAGGACCUACAGAGAAAACCAUACAAACAUCUGCAGCCAAGAAUUCACUCAGACAGCUUCCCCACACCACACUCAGCCUUCACCCACAGACCCAAGAGAUCUCCAAAACGGAGAGGUUUCCUUCAUAACAAGAUGGACAGAAAGAGGCCGAGUCGUGACGAGAGAGAGAAGGGCAAAGGAAGAGCGUGUGCACUGAGACAAGUCCAGCUGAAAGUGUCUGAUCUGGGUCUGGGCUACCGGAGUCAGGAGGAGCUGAUAUUCAGUUACUGCAGUGGCGUGUGUAUGAACUCCCUCACUAACUAUGACAAAAUCCUCACCGGCCUCGCCAGCAACGGCAAAAACAUUCUGCGCAGCUCUCCUCCCACCGCCUGCUGCCGACCUGUAGAAUACGACGACGACCUGUCCUUUCUGGAUGACAACCUCAUAUACCACACCAUGAAGAGGCACUCGGCACGGAAAUGUGGCUGUGUCUAAGCAACUGUGAUAGACAAUGACACCAGAUGGGAAAAUCAAUGGAAACAAUUUCAGGUUAUUACAUGUGUGAGUAUGGCUCGGUUGAGGGAAUCAUCAGGAUUGCAUUUCUCUAAGAAGAUACAGGAUAAGGAAUUGCAAGAAUAGUAUUGGAAGAUGUUCAAAAACUGGUACAUACACUCUGGAAAGAAAAAAAAAGAAGAAAAAAAAACCUGUAACUAGGGCACUACCCUAAGAUACAAAAGCUAAAAUGUUUGAAUAUGUACACUUUAAGUUCUAAUAUAAACUAUUUAGGGGUAAAAAAGGUAACUUAAAAUACCGCCCCAGUGACAGAUUUGUAUCCUUUUUCUGAGAGUGUACAUCAUUUAACCUAUAGGAAGGGGCACAUCUUAAACAGCAAGACGGGAUAUUUUGUGUGCUGUGCAUUUUUAUAAGUUCUUAUGAUGUCUUUUUGAUAUUUAACCUCCACUAGUUAGGUUAAUAAGGGAAUUUUCUCUGAUUCUUGUGUUCAUUGUUAACCAAAAAACCCAAACAAAUGGUUUUGAUGAAAUUAAUUCAUC